AUUCAAAUAAGCAUUCCAACGAUGUUAAGCUUCUUUGUCGUAAUAAUGUUCCUAACCAUGGACAUUGACAGAGAAGUUUUUAAGCUGUCAACACCAACUAGCAAAAUUUACACAUCAAAUUGCUUAUUUUAAUUCUGUGCAUCAUCAGUUUUCGAAAUAAACUGAUAUUUACAACCUCGGGUUUGAACGACAACACUUUGCAAUGUCUUUGCAUUCAAACUGGGUUGCGUUAACUACGGUUGACAUACCUUGGAAAAGUUUUGUCAAGGAGUCCACUGAGGUACCGAGCAAAUCUGCAAAGAAAUUUCCUGGACGACUUAAUUUUCAAGGAAUCGAGGCAAAGAAAACUUACGAAGGUAUCAUCUGCCAAAAUUUUAAACCGGAUACUUUGGCCAAAUCCGACAUAGCUCCAGAACAACAGAGUAAUCUGCUCAAGCCUAGCAAUUCUCUAUUUACACAAAAAGUCAUAACGAAUGUCAGUACAAACUCAAUUUUGAAAGCAGUCGAGCAGAACGAUUUACAUUUCUUAAGGAAACAUUUGAAUUCAGAUAAUGUCAAUGUGUCGGACGAUUUCGGGUGGACACCAUUGAUGUCAGCAGCAUAUAAUGGCAAUUUUGAAAUUGUUCAAUAUCUGUUGAAACUUGGAGUGAAUAAGAAAGCAAAGGAAAAAUCUGGUUUGACAGCAGCUCAAUUAGCUCUUAAAAGAAAUCAUUUGAAUAUCGUAGCUCUACUAAGGAAGAAAAAUAGUCAGAAAGACCCUGAAGAUAUUAAAAGUAGCCCAACUUUGUCACACGAUAAGUCUGACAUUGUUUCUUUACGUGAUGAUGAACGUGGCAAAAUAACGAAAGUAGAGGAGUCAUUUAAAAACGAGCUACAAUCCAUUCAACAAAAUGCCAACAAUGUAAAAGUCGAGUUUUAUUGCGAAAUAUGUAAAACUGCUUUCAAAGAAACAUCUGUUAAACAGCAUGAGUCUUCGACACUGCACAUUUUUAAUACUAAACCAAAAUUGCGUUGUGUUGCAUAUGGGAUAGCAAAACAAAACAAAGGGUAUCAAAUGCUUUUAAAUACUGGAUGGGACGAAGAAACUGGGCUGGGACCUUCGGGGCAGGGCGCAAAGUAUCCAAUCAAGACAAUUCUUAAAAGAGAUCGUAAAGGUUUUGGCCAAGGAGACAGCAAAGAAGCUCGAAUAACUCAUUUUAAGCCAGAGGAUGUGUCUGCAGUCUCUCCAGUACGGAUAAUCCGUCCAAAGACCUUAAGGAAAAAAGAUAGAGAAAAAUUAUUAUCCAGAGAAGCUAUGAAAGAUCGAAUGAUACGAAUAGCAUUGUCUUGAAUUCGCACAUUUUCAGCUAUAAUUCAGCUGCUGCUGGCAUUGCGAUAGAUGUCUAACUAUUCAAUUGAAUUGCAAUAGCUUCCUGCAAGUGUAAGGUCACAAGAAAGUUUAUUAUAAUGCUUACUUUCAUAUCAGAAAAGAGAAAUUACCUGUAUUUCUCCAAGAAACAUUCGAAUUCAGUUAUCAUUUGUUUGCAAGAAUUGAUUGAAUAAGUUGUCAGUUAUAAAAGGGGAAAAACAAAUUUGUCAUCACUACAGCUUAGUUGACAUUGAACAAAGAUCGUUCGUAUAUUGACCAUUUAAAAAAAUAUCAGACAAGGAGAUGUGAGGCAACGUAAAUUUAUUAUGGAACAAAACUUGACGUAUGGAGAUCAAGAUAUUGAGUUUGAGGUUCUUAAGAAAAGUGCGGAGCAUCAGAUAAGAAUUCUUCUACAGAAAUCAAGAAAAGAUUGA